AAUAAUAUCUACAAGAGAACGCGCGAAUUCGCGCCACCCUUUAUUACUCCUUCUACUGAGAACAUAAACCCUUAAAUAGUGGUCGGAUACAUUCAACAAAACGUCCGGCGCAUCCAAGCCCAGCGCAUUGCAAGCAGACGCGUUAUCAAGGUGAAACUUUCGAGAGCAAAAUGGGCAAGAACCAGUUGAGGCGGGCUAGGAAAAAGGCCCUUAAAUUACAGGCGACUGAGACGUCUUCGAACACGCCCCGUGCGCAGACCCAGGUUGAUGAAAACCUAUCGCCAAGUAUCCCCAAAGCUGCUAGUACAGAGCUACAAACCACGGUGCCCCCGGAUUUUACCGAUCCACUAUGGCAGAUGUACAAGGAUGUUGUUGAUAAAUUUGACGAACCGGAAGAUGAAAAGUCAGCUUUGAAAGAGCGUCCAAAACCAGAAAUCUAUUUCGACGAUGAUAACGAAAUACCAGAUGAGGAAGAGAAAGAAUCUUCUUUAUCGAAAAGGAAGAGAAAAGAAUUGAAUAAGCUUUCUGUCGCCGAACUCAAAGCGAUGGUUCGAAGGCCUGAAAUAGUUGAAUGGACAGAUACAUCAGCCCCUGACCCUCGAUUGCUUGUCCAUUUAAAAGCACAACGCAACGUUGUCCCUGUGCCUUCACAUUGGUCGCUGAAACGGGAAUACCUGUCCUCCAAGAGAGGUAUAGAAAAGCCGCCAUUUGCUCUUCCCAAGUUCAUCCAGGAGACCGGGAUUUCGGAGAUGCGCGAUGCUGCCUUGGAGAAGCAGGAGCAGGCAACGUUGAAACAGAAACAAAGGGAGCGAGUUCAGCCAAAAAUGGGGAGAUUGGACAUCGAUUAUCAAAAGUUAUACGAGGCAUUCUUCCGGUUCCAGACUAAGCCGGAGCUUACGCGGUAUGGCGAGGUCUAUUAUGAGGGCAAAGAAUACGAGACCAAUCUUAGACACCUCCGGCCGGGGGAGCUGAGUGCUGAGCUGAAAGAAGCGCUUAACAUGCCACCUGGCGCCCCUCCUCCUUGGUUGAUCAAUCAACAACGAUACGGCCCACCCCCUUCUUAUCCGGCUCUGAAGAUUCCCGGUCUCAAUGCCCCUCCGCCUCCUGGCGCUAUGUGGGGAUAUCAUCCUGGAGGUUAUGGAAAGCCGCCAGUCGAUGAGCACAACAGACCUUUGUACGGUGGCGACAUAUUUGGUGUGCUACAGCCCCAGCAAUCGGUGCAGCAGGGCGAACCCAUUGAAAAGGACCUGUGGGGAGAAUUGCAAGAACCUGAUAUGUCAGAAGACGAAAGCGAGGAAGAGGAAGAAGCGGAAAGUGCAGAUGAUGACGAUGAUGAUGAUGUUGAGGCAGGAGUGCAGACCCCAAGUGGAAUCGAGACCCCCAGUGGUUUGGCUUCUGCUGUUCCAUCUGAGAUGACAGGUCCCGAGAACAUUGCUGGUGAGUUCGACGUACGGAAGCACUAUCGGGGGACUCAGACCGAAGAAUCAGUGGGCCAAAGAAGCGCUUUCCAGGUCAUUCCCGAGAGACAGACGCAAGUGCAGGGGUUUUUCGGUGCUGAUAGGGCCUAUGACCUUGGUGCAUCCUCGAACACUAUGCCUGUGCUCGGCUUUGAAGAGAAUGGCAAGAAGCGCAAAAGGCCUGGAGACGUUGACGUGUCUGUUGAUCCGGAUGCUUUGCACGCGAAUGAUGGCAUUGAUCGAGAAGACAUAAAAAGGUUGUACGAAUCCCAGAAAAAGAUGAGCAAUCCAGGCUGGGAUUUUCAGGAGGAUCUCAGCGACAUGAUCGCGCAUGAGAGCCGAAAAAGGCUCAAAUAGGCAGAUGGAUAAAUAGCAAUACUCCUUCCCACUAAUGAGACAUUUGGACGGUUACCGGUUGUUCGGCCAUUCAUACUACUCUAAUUAUAAUGCUAUUCAUGUG